CUUUCGAUAAAUUCCCUUGAAUUAUAUAGGACAAAAUGAUUUAUUAGACAUUUUUGCGCUUGAUUAUUAAGAACCGACAUUAAUUAUAACUUAAUUUGUUCGCCUUUUAUCCACUACUCUCCCUACCUGUUAGGUUUAAACGGAAUUUAUAAUUUUAUACAGCGACGGAGAAAAUAUUCCCUAAACUAUUCUCUAAACAGAAAAGAAGGAAAUAUUCGCUCUAAAUAUAAAAAGCUGUUUUUAAUUCUACGACAUUUCCAAGAGGGGAAAAAAAUAUUAAAAAUCACAAAUCAUGAGAAAUAAAUAAAUUUUUGAACGUCGGUAUUUUUAUUUUGCGUCAGACAUUCUAUAUUUGUCUGGUGGGUCCCCUUGGCGUCACAUUGGCGUUUAUAUCGACUGAAACCAAACGGUGUUGUUGUUUAUCGAUAUAAAACGACUCGGUAACAUAACCGAGCGGAUUCUUUGAAAGAAAGAAAGAAAAAACGGAAUAAAAGGGGGAAAAGUAAAAAUAAAAAUGAAGAAAAAUAAUAAAUUGCAAACUGAAGUGAAGUAAAAAAUUCAAUUAAAGUUGGGAAGAAGAGAAUGCAAAUGCGCAUUUUUCGUAAUCGCCUCUUAAGCUAUUGGAGAGAUAGCUGUCAUCAUAACUGUUAUUUAUGGCCAUACCCGGCAUUAGUAAAAUAUAAUUUGGAUCAAAUGAGUAAAUUUUUCUUAAUAGUCGAAUUUGUCCAACAACCGUUAACGUAUUACGAUAGUAAACGUCAAAACUGGAUACGUACCCGGGGCAGAAUUAUUUUCCACUCGAUCCAACGGAAUAAUCCGUAAAUUCUCCUAUGACGUCACGCAACGUCAUCGACCACGAGGCUGCUGUCUGGCUGACAGUCGAUCGCAGGUUUGUAAGAGAGCAGACGAUGAGGAACGGAUGAAUGUUGGCGGAUUCGUCGAAACGAGUCGAAGUAGAGAUGGAAAGAAAAACGACUGGUGAAAUAUUAACUUAUAUUAAGGUAUAUAAAUAAGUGUAGAAAGAUUUCUAAGAGUUUUAAGAUUUUUGUCUGGACGAUGGAUAUCAGUGGGUGCGAGGAUAGUUGUUGCAGAGAUGAUGAUCCUGGACUACUUGUCAUCGGCCACGUGGUCAGUAGGUAAUGAAAUGGCACAUGGACGGGAUGGAGACUGACCGUAUUGACAAUAUUCAGAUGUAGACCAGGGUCAUGGACCAGAAAGGAAGAUGCUGUACAGUUCUUCAUCUCGGCGAAGAAAAUGCACGGUUGCUAUUAUUGGCUGUAGUUAUGGUGAUUUACAUGAUCAUUGGUGCUGCUGUUUUUCAGAUAUUGGAGCAACCGGAAGAAGAACAGAAUCGACAAAGAUUUCUGAAUGUUUAUAGAAAUUUCUGGUCCAAGUACAACAAUACUAUUGAUAUGCAGGAUGUUCUCACUCUGCUUUACGAAUAUGGUAAUGCUACGGCUGCUGGAGUGAUAGACAAAAGACAGAGAUGGGACUUUUCCGGAUCUUUUUACUUUGUUGGCACUGUCGUUUCUACAAUAGGGUUUGGCAUGACAACACCGAAAACCAUAUAUGGACGAAUAACAGUUAUAAUCUACGGAUUUUUGGGUUGUUCCGGUGCCAUAUUAUUUUUUAAUUUAUUUUUAGAAAGAAUCAUCACACUUAUGUCAACCGUUCUUCGAUCUAUCCACGAAAGAGAAUUGCGGAGGAGAAUGUUCGGCAGUGACAAUGGUAGAAGAGAUUCUCAGAUCUCUUUCGACGAUCAUAUGGAUGACUGGAAGCCAUCAGUUUAUUGGGUGCUUUUGUGUCUGACGGUAGCAACUACUUCAAUAGCUACUACCGCUUCUGCACUUUAUUCCACAAUGGAGAACUGGAGUUACUUCGAAUCUCUCUAUUUCUGUUUUGUAGCCUUUUCUACUGUAGGAUUCGGCGACCUGGUACCUAGUGAUCAAACAAGCUAUCACAAUUCGCAAUGGUACAGAUUUGCUAACUUUUGGUUUCUAGUAGCGGGUUGCUGCUGCUUUUAUAGUCUUUUCAACGUCAUGUCCAUAGUUAUCAAACAGUUUAUAAACUGGUUAAUGAAACUUAUUGACUGCCGACUUAGAUGUCGAAGGAUACAUAAAACCCCGCCGAAACCUGCAGCAUUACGAAAACGCCGGAAUGCCCUAACGCCAGACCAUCUGAAACGUCAACAAAAGACUGCAGACGAUUCCGAUAGUUAUGAUAGCGACGAAAGAAGAGAUUCGGGAGAGAUGAUAUCCAUGCAAGGUUUCCUACGUUCCAAUAAGGUGUCUUUGGCAGUUAUGCAGAAACAGUUGUAUGAAUCGGCACAACGAGGUCACGUGAUACUUCUGCCUUCUAGAAUUAUGGAUAGAGAUGCAACAUUUAAACCAGGAAGUGUUGGACCUUUGGCACUUGUUUCCCAAAAAUUGGGCGAAGAUGUUCUUUGAAAUUUUAGUUUUUAAAUAUUAGAAGGAGAUAGCAUAUCACUUAUUUUCUUCUUAGAUGAAAUGCGGCUUCGUUUAGGUGCUGUUUAUCGAGGUGCUUCCGAUCAGAAUCAAAUAUAGCCUUUCUUUGUAGGGUCUACAAUUGAUUAUAGCUAACUUAUAGCCGAAACGUCCACACAAAAA